GAACCUUAUCUUUUCGCAACCUUGAAAUGAAAUCCGACCAGUUUUCGAUUCACAUUCAACACGAGAUACCCAGUCAUUCGGGCGGAGGAUUUCGCCGAGGAGGACGACAACGGAUUCGAACACGGCACGACAAGCCCUCGAACCGGCCGUUUCUUUAUUUUCUUUUUAAUACUCCUUUAGCGAAAGAUGGACGUUCUCGACCCGAGGGAUUCGUGCGAUUUCAUCGCCAAAAUGUCGAAAAAUGUCAAGAUCCAUCCUGAGAAGAUCCGCCCCUUCACGGAGCACCUUCUUGAAGCACUUAUUGAAAAAGAAUUACGUCUUGGAAGUAUUAAGGAGCAUGAGACUUUUCCAGUAUUGAAUGCGGACGAUUCCAUCAACCUUGUCUUCCUCCUGGACACGCUAAAUUUCUGCUUUUGGACAAAGAAAAAUGAGGAAAAAUGGUCGGUUGACUUUGAGGGCAAGACAUACACCGGCUACUAUGCAUUGUGUGCGGCUGUCGCCAAUGCAAUAAAAGAAAACAUAAAGAUUUACGAUCCAAAAGUCUAUUCGGCUUUCACCCUUGAUAUAGUGAGGAAGCUUUUUAAAGGUCGAGGCGGGAAGGACAUUAACCUUCCCGGCCACAGGCUCAAAUGCCUUCAGGAAGUCGGAAGAGUCCUUCUCCACAAAUACGAUGGUGGAUUUGCAAAUUGUGUCAGGCUUGCUAACAGGUCUUCAGAACGACUUUUGAAUCUUGUCGUGAGAGAUUUUCCCUGUUUUAAUGAUUCUGCUCGAUACCGUGGAAAAAUUGUUUCAAUUCAUAAAAGAGCUCAGAUAUUAGUCGCAGAUAUAUGGUCACUUUAUUAUGGAAAAGGGAUAAGCGAAUUUACCGAUAUCGACUAUAUCACCAUGUUUGCAGAUUACAGGAUUCCUCAAGUUCUUGUUCAUUUUGGUGUUAUGUCGUACAGCGAUCAACUGCAACAGAAGCUUGAGAAGGAGGAGUUGCUUUUGAACGGUUCUGAAGAAGAGGUCGAGAUUAGAGGCUGCUCAAUAAAAAUUGUCGAAAUGCUCCUGUCCGAUUUAAAACAGCUUAUGGAGGAAAAGGGCAACUAUUACUACUGCAACUCCAUUAUGAUCGACAACUAUCUCUGGAUGUAUCGGAGGAAGGAGGCCGACAAACUGGAAUCGACACCCUUCCAUAAAACAAGCUCCAUUUAUUAUUAAGCUUAAGUGGACAUUGUCGCACGUGCCAAAUCGUACACACAGAACAUUUUCACAAACAAUAAAUACUAAUACAAUUGAUUAAA